GUGACACCAUUUUGGAUCUCCGGGCUACAGUAGCUCGCUAACUAGUUGUUAGCUUUCGACAACGCAUCGUUACUUUGAUCGGGUUUAUUUUUCCCGCUCUGAUAUCAGACGUUGACGUUACCGGAGAGCUUUCCGGUGUUCGGAUCUGAACCUGAGUCUUUCUUCGUCUGAGAAAUGGACGGAGAGGAGGACGACUUCAUGUCCGCGAGCCACUCCGAUGAUGGAGGCGGCACGCCAGUUCAGGACGAACACCCGGCAUCAGAUGGCGAGGAGGCGAGGAGCGACGGACAUCAGUCUGAGGACGACGGCAGCAAUGAUGAAGACGCCCCCCAUGCCAUGAAGACCAGCGGGGCGGCCAGCGGCUCCGACAAUGAGUUACACCGAGGAGCCGACAGUGACUCAGAGGGAGAGGCCCCCAGGCGCCGUCAUGACGACAAAAGUGACUCAGACGGUGAGGCUGGCAGGGGCCGCCACAACGACGACAAAAGCGACUCGGAAGGCGAGGCCCCCAGGGGUCGCCAUCGAGAUGAUGACAAAAGUGACUCUGAGAUGGAGGCUUCACAUCCCGCUGACAGCGAUGAUGAUGACGACUCGCCGGUCAAACGCAGGAUGAGCGGCUCAGACAACGAGGAGGAGUCGCCCGUCAAACACGGAGCUUCAGACAAAGAGGAGGGGGGAAGGUCGCCUCCCGCCAAACGCAGGGGGAGCAGCUCGGACAUGGAGGAAGGAGAGGAGAGGCCCAAAGCGGCCGCAGACAGCGACUCGGAGAAUGAGGAGGACAAACCUGCGGCGUCCCCUGCCCGCCGGUCCAAUGCAGACAGUGACUCUGACACAGAGACGCCUGCCAGACGUAAGGCGGCACAGAUAGACUCUGACGAGGAGGAGGAGGAGAAACAGCAGGAGAAGGCGGAGGGAGGAGGAGGAGGAGGAGGGAAGUGGAAGGCUGUGAUGCAGUCUGACAGUGAGGACGAGGAGGAGGAGGGAAAAACGAGGAAGGCUUCAGCAGGAAGUGAUGGAGAGCAGCAGCAGGAGGAGAGGGAGCAGAAAGAUGACAGUGAUGACGAGGAUGAGAAGCCAGUGAAGAGGAAGAAGGCCAUCCUGUCAGACAGUGAGGAUGAGGAUGAGGAGAAAGCAGACAAACCAGCAGUGAAGAGGAGUCGUGCAGUGUCAGAUGACGAGAACUCUGACAGCGACGGUGGCUCUGUCGGUCCCGAUAAGAGUCUGGCCGCCAAACUGAGAGAGCUCGGCUCGGACAGCGGGAGCGAGGACGACGAGAGGUCGAAGGCCACGGCCACGGGGAAGAAGGACGAGAAGGCGCUGUUUGGCAGCGACAGCGACUCUGGAGACGGUGAUGAAGAGGAGAAAAUGAUCGCAGACAUUUUUGGAGAGUCUGGAGAUGAAGAGGAAGAGGAGUUCACGGGUUUCAACCAGGAGGACCUGGAGGGGGAGAAGAAGGAGUCCAAGGAGAAGCAGCAGGAGGUGGAGGAGGAGUCUGACUCUGAUGAAGGAGUCGACCGCAGCGGCCAAGACACCUCCUUCAUGUCAGACUUUGACAUCAUGCUCGCUCGGAGGAAAGCCAUGAACAGCAGGAAGCGGCGGCACCGCGACGGAGGGACGUUCAUCAGCGACGCCGAUGAUGUGGUCAGCGCCAUGAUCUCCAAGAUGAACGAAGCAGCAGAGGAAGAUCGAACUCUGAACAGUCAGAAGAAACCAGCGCUGAAAAAACUCACUCUGCUGCCACAAGUCGUCAUGCACCUCAAGAAACAGGACUUGAAGGAGACGUUCAUCGACAGCGGUGUGAUGUCAGCCAUUAAAGAGUGGAUCAGUCCUCUUCCAGACAAAUCACUGCCUGCUCUCAGAAUCAGAGAGGAGCUACUCAGGAUCCUACAGGAACUGCCCAGCGUGAGUCAGGAGACUCUGAAGCACAGCGGGAUCGGACGCUCCGUCAUGUUCCUGUACAAACAUCCCAAAGAAUCUCGAGCCAACAAAGACCUCGCUCUCAAACUCAUCAAUGAGUGGUCGCGGCCCAUCUUCGGCUUGACGUCCAACUACAAGGGGAUGACGAGAGAGGAGCGUCAGCAGAGAGAUCUGGACCAGCAGAUGCCUCAGAGACAACGACUGAGUCAGCCUCAGAAGGUGGAGAGGGCGGAGGAACCUGACGUCUUCUCUCCACCAAUCAGCUCUGGUGGUCAGACGCCUCGAAGAGACCUGGAGAAACAGCUGACCGGGGAGGAGAAAGCUCUGAGACCAGGUGACCCUGGGUUCUGUGCCAGGGCUCGGGUGCCGAUGCCCUCCAACAAAGACUACGUGGUACGACCCAAAUGGAACGUAGAGAUGGAGUCCAACAGGGGUCCGAUGAAGAAGGGUAUGUCCCGUGUCGAUAAACAGAUGCGUAGAUUUGCUGACAUCCGCCGCCUGACGAAGCCGGGUCACGCUGUUAAAAUCAGCGUUGAAGGCAACCGGAUGCCUCUCUGAUUUUAACCUCCAUAGUUUUUUUUUUGUUGUUGUUGUUUUUCUUUUUAAUGUGUUGCUUCCUGAACAAUCCCUCUGUUCUCCUGCCCUCCCUCCCUCCUCCUCCUCCUCAGGUCCAGCUCGCCUUACUGAAGGGCUGAGGUCAGAUCACUUUGACUUGAGUCAGAAUGUGAAUAUCUGCUGUAAACUCGUCUGGUCUUUGGUUAAAUCAUGUAAAAGCUUUCAAUCUAAUCCACAGAAUGAUAGAUAGCUGCUAUUAAUGUGAACUAGCAUUCAGCUAUGUUCAUUUUAUCUCCCACAUUUUAACUUUGGCUCCAAACCAACUGGAUUUACAACAUUAACUAAUGUAAUUAGCGUUACCUAAGUUAAAUGUAGCUUUCUCUCCAAGUCCAUAAUGUUAGCUAAUGCUAGCUUUACAUCUGUGUUAACUAAUAUAGCUAAUGGAAGUGUUCAGCUGUGUUAGCUAUAUUUAAAAACGAUCAAAAUCUAUCUCUCUAGUCUCUGUUACAGUCAACCAGUGUUAGCAUUAUGUUAGCUUUACCUCAAAGUUAAGUAAUGUCAGCAGACAGCCUUAUCUGCAAGUCCAUAAUACUGUCUAGUGUUAGCCUAAGCCAACUAAUAUAGCUAAUCCUAGCAGUCAGCUACAAAAGGUAAAAACUAGCAAAAUCUACAACAUUAGCUUAUGUUGUCACUUAGCUUUGUUAGCCUUAUGUUAAGCAAGCAGACUAGCAAGAGCCAUGACUCAUUCAACUCCGUCAACCAGUGUAAGCAUUACGUUAGCUUUACCCCAGAGUUAAGUUGGUUAGCAGUCAGCCUUACACUAAGUCCAUAAUACUCGCUGGUCUUAGCUUUAGCCAACAAAUAAAGCUAAUUUUAGCGGUCAGCUACAUAAGCUGUGUCUAACAACUAGCGAAAUCUCCAACAUUAGCUUAUACCGUUAUCUUAACAUUAAGUCAUGUUAGCAGUUAGCUUUAUCUUUGAACCUACAGCCAACUACUAUAGCUAAUGUUAACAGUGUGCUAUGUUAAUUUUCUCUCACAACAUUAGCUUAUGUUAGCUGUUAGCUAUAUUAGCACUAGCUCCAAACCAGCUGGGUCCAUGAUGUUAGCUAAUGUCAGCUUGACACUAAUAAUACCAGUUAGUUACAUUAGCUUUAGCAUUAUGGACUUGAAGAUAAAGCUAGUUUUAUAAUUUUAGCUAAUGUUAUAUCAGCAGUUAUCUACAUUAGCUUUAGCUCCAAACCAACAGGGCCCUCAAUGAUGACUAAUGUUAGCACAAAAUGCCAGCAAAUGUGAGCUUUACAUCCAAGCUAACUAAUGCUAGCAGUCAGCUACAUUAGCUCUUUCUCAAAACUAGCAAAAUCUACAUUAGUUAAUAUUAUCAGUUAGCUGUGUUAGCCUUAACUCAAAAGCAGUGGGUACAUUAACGUAUGUUAGCAGUCAUGUUAGCAUAUGCCAGCACUUUAUUUGCUUUACCUACAAGCUAACUCAGUUAGCAGUCAGCUACAUUAGCUUAACUCUUAACCAGUCUCAUCUUUGACCCUGCUGGUUCAAAGUAAAACCUAACGUAGCUGAUCCAGAAAUCGUUUCAGUGACAUUUUGUGAGUAUUUUGUCCAAAGCACCGUCACAUUUUCUAAAAUUUCCAACAUUGGAUUUGAGAACAAAAUCUUCCCUCAUGCCCUUUUUGUUUCUGAAUGUGAAGGUGUUUGUGUUUUGCUAGUAGGCUGGACAGACCUCUUCCUCCUCCUCCUCUUCCUCUUCUUCCUCCUCAGUCUUUUUUGUCCUCUCUCUGCUCCCAUAGCGGCUGUACAGAAGUAUGUAAAGUGUCUGCAGGGCUGAGUUCACACAGGUAACACAGUGGGCAUCAGAUCUCGAUGUGUGUUGACUGUGAAUCGGCCUGUGUGUGUGCACUGUGUUCUGAACAGGUGAUACUUUUCUUAAUAAAGCGACAACAGAAACUCA